AUGAGGUCAUUAGGAGAGCGGUUGAAUCUGCUCCGAAAGCUCAUCAACAUCAAAUGCGGCCCCGGCGCAGCAGUCCUCCCCGCGGACGUCACCCGGAUACACAUGGACUUUGCCAUCCACUUGAAAGGCGGCCACAUGGGAGCUAGGAAAUUCUGGAAAGAAUACCUCCCCCGCCUAAAAUACCACAACCCCGCCAUCCCCAUGAUCGUAAACCGCCACGACCAGAACCAAAACCCCCCGACAAUGACAAUCUACCUCCGCAAAUCCUUGAGCUCAUCCACAACAGCACCCUCACCAGACGCCGCCUCCGCCUCCUCCUCCUCAGAGCCCAUCGCCCAGCCCUCGUCCUCCCGAACAGGCCUCUCCAAGGCCCAGCCCCCCACCGCCGACGAGCGCGUCGUCCACAUCGACAUGACCAACAAGCACUCCUCCCACAUCCUCGAGUUCUUCAUGGCCGAGACCCGCGCCGUCCCGCUGCAGCCCACCAACGAGGAGAUUGCCGAGAUGCAGGCCCUCGAGACGCUGCGCAAGAACGCCGAGCUCGAUCGCGAGCGCGUCAGGCAGCUGAGGGAGGAGAAGAAGAGGGAGGAGGAUAUGCUCAAGAGGGCGAGAGCUGCGGGUGGCAUGGCGGAGCAGGAAGAGGCGUAG